AUGAAGUCAAUGCGGAAUGCGGAAGAGGAUGCGAAAAGUGUGUUGAAAUCAUUGCUUGCAGGUGUCAAAAAACAUGAAUGUUCGAGUUGUGGCAAACUGUUCGCGUUGAAGAGCUAUUUGAACAAGCACAUUGAACUCGUAUGUCCGGCCCAACGAUCAACGAUACGUCUACCGCGAUCGUCUCCGUUGAAUCGGAUUCAACAUCAUCAUAACGAUUUUCUUGACAUGAAUCAUUUGCAACUGGAACAAUCGCCCGGUGCUGCCGAGCACCAGCUAGGCAUUUAUUCGUUGGCAACGUCUAAUCACUGUAUUGUUUAG